CGCAUUUUUAACCGUCUCCCCCUCAACAAACUCCCUCCAUACACACAUUUCUCUGAGUCCUCGCUACCUACAGCCUAGCUCUCGUCUGUGGCCUUCCCCUCCAUCCUCGUGCCCACUCUCUGGGGGCUUCGUUUCCCAAGGGAUGGAGACUGGAGGUGUUCACCCUUUGGUUGCUGGCUCAACGUGACUGACUUUCUCCAGCAGGGAGAAAAGGCCUGCUCCAGGUGACCCCUGCCUAAGCCCACAGAGCUCCCUAGGCUGUUGGGCACCCCGUGGAGAGUAGGCGGCUCUUGUGGCGCAAGGCGCCUCCAACCUGGCCUCACCCUGGGCAAGUCCCCAGGGUAGGAGGGAAGAGAAAGAGCUUCGGGAACCAGGCUGCCGCCACUGCCGCCGCCCAGUCCCAAAGGGAAUCCCAGCUCUCCCACGCAGCGCCCCCUCCCUCCAGGCCCUCCCCUCUUUCUGUCCCCUCUUUGCCCCCUGCCCAAUGCCCAUGCGCGCUGGAGACGCUUUAUAGUCAACCCCGGCGCCCCGGCUUUCUGCACUUGUGCAUACGGGGUCUGACAGCAAGCAGGUCUGAGCAUUCCUCAAGCCAUCAUGUCUCCGGCAUGGAUCUCUGUUCUCUGCCUCGGUGGCUACUUCCUCCUGCCUGGACCUGUGAGCUGUGAGGGCGCCGCUCCUAUUGCUAUCACAUGCUUUACGAGAGGACUUGAUAUCAGAAAGGAGAAAGCUGAUGUCCUUUGCCCAGGGGGGUGUCUUCUCCGAGAUUUCUAUGUCUUUGGGAACAUAGUCUAUGCUUCUCUUUCGAGCAUCUGUGGAGCUGCUAUUCACAGGGGGGUAAUCACCAGCUCAGGAGGGGCUGUACGGGUCUAUGGUCUACCUGGUCGGGAAAACUAUUCUUCAGUAGCUUCCAAUGGCAUCCAGUCUCAAACCCUGACCCGAUGGUCCUCAUCUUUCACAGUGGCCAAAGGCAAAAGUGGAGCUCUGGAAGCCACAGGACGGGCAGUGUCCACAGCACGUCCACCAACAGGUAAACGACAGAAGAAGACACCUGACAAAAAGGCUGGAAACAAAGAUUGUAAGGCAGAUAUUGCUUUUCUGAUUGAUGGAAGUUUUAAUAUUGGGCAGCGCAGAUUUAACCUACAGAAGAAUUUUGUUGGAAAAGUGGCUCUUAUGCUGGGGAUUGGAACAGAAGGACCACAUGUGGGACUUGUUCAAGCCAGUGAACAUCCCAAAAUAGAAUUUUUUCUGAAGAACUUUACCUCAGCCAAAGACGUUUUGUUUGCCAUAAAAGAAGUGGGUUUCAGAGGGGGCAAUUCCAAUACAGGAAAAGCCUUAAAGCACACGGCCCAAAAAUUUUUCUCAGUAGACAGUGGAGUGAGAAAAGGCAUCCCAAAGGUGGUGGUGGUCUUCAUUGAUGGCUGGCCGUCUGACGACAUAGAGGAAGCUGGUAUCGUGGCCAGAGAAUUUGGUGUUAAUGUCUUUAUUGUUUCUGUGGCCAAACCCAUACCUGAAGAGCUGGGGAUGGUUCAAGAUGUGGGCUUUGUUGACAAGGCUGUCUGUCGGAAUAAUGGUUUCUUCUCUUACCACAUUCCAAGCUGGUUUGGCACCACCAAGUAUGUGAAGCCACUGGUCCAAAAGCUCUGUACCCAUGAGCAGAUGAUGUGUAGCAAGACCUGCUACAACUCGGUGAACAUCGCUUUCCUGAUCGAUGGCUCCAGCAGUGUAGGAGAAAGUAACUUCCGCCUCAUGCUUGAAUUUGUCUCCAAUAUAGCCAAGAUCUUUGAGAUCUCUGACAUUGGUGCCAAGAUUGCUGCUGUUCAGUUCACCUAUGAUCAACGCCCGGAGUUCAGUUUCACGGACUAUACCACCAAGGAGAAUGUCCUGGCUGUCAUUCGGAACAUCCGCUACAUGAGUGGCGGGACAGCCACUGGGGAUGCCAUUUCUUUCACUGUGAGAAAUGUAUUUGGCCCCAUAAGGGAUGGGCCCAACAAAAACUUCCUUGUAAUAGUAACAGAUGGGCAGUCCUAUGAUGAUGUCCGAGCCCCUGCAGCUGCUGCUCAUAAAGCAGGUAUCACUGUCUACUCUAUUGGUGUGGCUUGGGCACCCUUGGAUGACCUGAAAGAUAUGGCUUCUGAACCAAAGGAGACUCACGCCUUCUUCACAAGGGAGUUCUCAGGAUUAGAGCAGAUAGCUACUGAUAUAAUUAGAGGCAUUUGUAGAGAUUUCUUGGAAUCACAACAGUAAAGAUGACAUCUCACAGCAGAAGGAAAUGCUAUGAAGGUCCCGUGCUUAUGCUCUCAUGUUUUAAUACAUAAAGUACUCUGAUCUAAUAUAAAAACCUAAAGAUGUCAAUAUCCCUCAAACAUUUCCAACAAAUUAUGAUGCAGCAAAAACUUGGGUAUCUAAACUAUACAUUUUGCAUUCAUAGUUUUAUUAUAGGCAUAUAAUCCAAGAUGGGUUUUGGAAGUACCACAUUUCUUAUUUGCAAAAAUACUCUAUCAUCCAGGUUAGGGAAAAUUGGUUAUCAUUUAAGUGUCAAUUGGCAUUUUUAAAGCACAAUUGAAACUAUUAUGAAUAAAAUGUAACUGAAAAUUGGUCUGAAAGCAGAUAUCUUCUCAAAAAAAAAUCUGUUAAAAUAAAUGAAAAGGAAGCAUUAGAAUCUAAUUAGCAUAGAAGUGGCUCCUAGUUUCUCAAAGCUUGUCAAAAAUGACUGAUGUCAUAAUAUAUAAAAUAGUAUUUUGAUCCAAUUAUGUUCUGCUCAUUUGUAGUUUUUUUUUUUCUUUAACAUUAUACACUCAAAGAUCCCUUUGUAUUUUAUUCAUUUCUGUACUUGUUCAUUGGCUAUAAAACUAAUAACUUAUGAAUGGCAUGGAAGGGAAUCAUUUAUCAAGCUUUAUGUAGUGUAUUUUUGUAAUAACUUAUGACUGGCAACUUAUUACACUGAAUAUGGAGGGGGGGAAUGCCUUGUAUUUUUCUAUUUAUAUCCUUAAUUUUUUACAUGUAUAGAUGAAAUGGGGCUACUACUAUGAGAAUCUCUAAUGUACCCAAAAAAGUACAAAGUUAAGAUCUAAACUCAUACUGUAAACAUUUUGCUUGAAGAUAAUUCAUAGAAAAAAUACAUACAUACUGCAAUUAACUUAGAAUGAAACCACAGGGAUGAAUUAGAUGUCUGAGCAAUGAAAACCCCCCAAAACUUUUGGUGUCUGUACUAUUCCGCUCCACUCUUAUUUGAUUGUUCAGUGAUUGGAGAAAGGAUAGUGGCAAGACGAGGGGGAAAAAAGGUCACUAAUUGAGAUAAUGUCCAAUUGGGGAAGUCCAAUAUAUAUUAUUGAAAAAUGUCUAUUUUUAAAACACAUACUAUUGGGGGGAGCUGGGUGGUUCAGUGAAUUGAGAGCCAGGCCUAAAGAUAGGAGGUCCUGGGUUCAAAUCUGGUCUCAGACACUGCCUAGCUGUGUGAGCCUGGGUAAGUCACUUAACCCUCACAGCCUAGCCCUUCUGGCUCUUCUGCCUUGGAACCAAUACACAGUAUUGAUUCUAAGAUGGAAAGUAAGGGUUUAAAAAAAACAACACAUGUAACUAGCAAUAGGUUAACAGAUACAGGUGAUCCCAAAAGCUCCAUUUCAUUGAGAAGAGUACUUUGCAAUUAGCAUAUCAAUUAUUUUUGCAUAAAUGAACAUUUACAAAGCUGCUUCUCUUAUUAAGGUUAAACAAGGACUAACCAAUGGAGACAAGCCAAAUAUUCCACCAGUUUAUUAAAUUUAGUAGGCUUGAAUUUCCCCCAGUUAAAUAUAAUUCUAAGGCACAGGCUUCCCCCCACCCUUCAGCUACCUUUCACCUUGAGGUAAACUGUAUUAUCAAAACCACUCUAAAACUGGAGAGCUUAAAGAAAGGUCUUUACUAUAAUAGUUUUGAACCAGUUAUGGCCAAAAUAAAGCAAAAAUCCCACCAACCAGUGAGUCUUGUAGCAAUAAUUAAAAGUAGUCUUGAUAACAGGGAAAAGAAAGCCUGACAUCUCUAACACCUUUUUAAAAACAACUUGGUCAGAGUGGACAAUGUGAUUAAUCUAGAAGAUGUGAUUAUUCCUCUUACUGGAAGUGAGAAUUUUUAAAAAUUGUAUUAAAUGUGCUUUUUUUCCUUGGAACACAAAACG